CGUUGAUGCCUGUGGCAAUAGGUUUCGGACACAUUUCGUUACAAGUUUCGUGACCCAUAUAACGAACGCGGAAACAAGGGGGAAAACUCGGCGACACGCCUUCGCGAGUGGUAGAAGGUGCUUAAACAACGGCAGGAUGUCUUCGCGAGAGCUCGACAUCGUCCUCUUCGGCGCCUCGGGCGUGACGGGCUUGUACGUGGUGGAGGAGCUGCACCGUUCUUCCGAAGGCCUGCGAUGGGGCGUCGCCGGAAGAAACUCUGACAAGUUGCGGAGCACGCUACGCGAAGCUGCCAAGAACCUCGGCCUAGAAGAGGGUGCUUUGGAUGAUGUCCCAGUUAUUGUGGCUGAUGUCGCGAACGAGGAGUCCCUGCUGGCCAUGGCGAAGCGGACACGUCUUGUACUGAACACAGUUGGGCCGUACCGUUUCUAUGGACGUCAGGUGGUGAAGGCUUGCGUUGACAGUGGCACCCAUCACAUUGAUGUCAGUGGAGAACCUCAGUACCUUGAGAGGAUGCAGCUGGAGUUCUAUGAUGAGGCUCGUGAGAAGGGCAUUGUGGUCCUGGGCGCUUGUGGCUUUGACAGCAUUCCUGCAGAGCUCUGCCUUAUGUACCUAAGAGAACACUUUGAAGGUGAUUUGGACCAAGUGGAGUCAUUUGUGUUCAUGAAACAGGGUCCGUUGGGCAUGAAGAUCAACUUUGGCACCUGGCAGAGUGCCAUGUACGGGCUGGCGCAUGCAUCAGAGCUUGUAGAUCUGAGACGGGAAGCUCGUGAAAAGCUCUUCACAAAGCCACUUCCUCCACGUCACACACGGUUGGAUCGCAGGAAUUCCCUGUUCUGGAGUGAUGUGGCUCGGGGUUGGUGCCUGCCAUUUUUGGGAAGUGACCGGUCCGUGAUGAUCCACAGCGAAAUGUUUCGGCACCAGCUUAGUGGCACAAAGCCAGUGCAAGUCCAAACGUAUCUGCGGGUGCCAGGCUUCUUCAGUGGUGUGGGGCUUGUCUUUGUUGCUGCUAUGUUUGGCCUGAUGAGCAUGUUCAGCUGUGGUCGCUGGCUUCUUGAGAAGUUUCCGGGCUUCUUUUCCGCUGGCAUGGUGCGGCAUGGUGGACCUACAAGGGAGCAGGCCCUGGGUUGCUCAUUCAUAAUGACCAUGUGUGGCCGUGGUUGGAGAGAGAAGCUGGCUGAAAACAGUGACCGUCAUGCGGGACCAAUGGAUCGUUCUGUCACCGUUCGGCUCACAGGACCAGACCCGGCAUAUGUGACAACAGCAGUCUGCAUGGUGCAAGUGGCAGUGGUGGUACUGAAGGAGCAGCAGAAGAUGGUCGUCAAAGGUGGAGUCCUCAGCCCCGGAGUAGCUCUUGAUGGGACAUCAUUCAUGGAGAGGGUCCUCAAGCGAGGCUUCAGCCUAGCUGAGGUCUCCGACUGAGAGAAGUGUGCUUGGAAAGAAGCAUUGCUCACCUGCAGAUUCCGUCUAUGCUUCUGUUUGCUACUACAAUGAAUUUAUCAUUUCCAGGAACAGUUGUAUUGGGUAAAGCAAAAUAAAGCCUGCUUAAUGCUAAGAAA